CUCGCGCAUUUGCAAAUGCAUCUUAAGGACGACUCUAUUGCAUGGGACAUCUAUGUUUGCGCAGUUUAUUGUAAUUUGGAGCUCGUUAAGGAAUUCCCGAGGAUAAUCGAGAACGACGACUUUGAGAAAAUAUAUGUAACAACGGAUUGAGGGAUGAUAGUCGAUUAUUCUACUAGUUUGUUAACAAAUAUCCAUGAAACUCUUCCUACUUUCGACACAGGCGAGACUACGAUUAUACGAGGAAUUUAUGAAUACUGGCACUACGGUUGCGAUGGUUUUAAUGACAGGGGAUGGGGUUGUGGGUAUAGAACAUUGCAAACCAUUUGCUCGUGGAUUAUAAUUAAUAAAAAUUUACAACAAAAAGUUCCAAGCAUACGAAAUAUUCAAGAAACGCUUGUUACAUUAGAGGAUAAAGAGAAAUCAUUUAUUGGAUCGAGAGAUUGGAUAGGAUGCUUCGAAGUAUGUCUUAUUCUGGAUAAUUUCUAUAAUGUAAAUAGUAAAAUUGUUCACAUUAGAAGUGGCCAAGAACUGUCAAAGUAUUUGCAUGUUAUCAAACAACAUUUUGAAGAAUUUGGAUGUCCAAUUAUGAUGGGAGGAGAUCAAGAUUGUUCUAGUAAAUGUAUCAUUGGUAUGCAUACUGGAUUGAAAGAAGCUUAUUUAUUAAUCAUUGAUCCACACUUUAUAGGUAAAGCUAAAAGCAUAGAAGAAUUAAAAAGUAAUCAAUGGGUAAAAUGGCAAAGUAUUAAAGACUUUGUUUACAGUUCUUUUUAUAAUCUUUGUUUACCACAGAUUAAAAUAACUUGAUAUACCAACUGAAUUUAUUUUAUUUUUUUAUUUAUUUCAACUGUAUAUGCUUUAUGGGAAUAAUCAUUAUUGCAAUGGUUCAUAAACAUCUAUUUUACGGAUUAUAUAAUAAGUUUUCGUACUUAUAAAAAUCUAUUACCUAUUAUCGUGAAUUCAGUCUGUGUUAAGUAAAAGGCAUACGCCUUGUAGAAUCCAGUGCGAAAUAUGUUCCUCCGUCGAAAGAUCUGCUUCAAAUAUCAAACCUUUACCCAUUGCACUGCGUCUAUUUGAUGUUGUGUACACUGGUGUUUUUACUGUAUUCUACGUAAAUUUAUAGAAAAGAAAAACUUAUUUUUAAUUAUUAAAUUGAAUUUUUUAAA